AUGGGCGCAUGCGCGACGUGCUGUGAGCUCCUACUCGCCGUGUUUCUUCCACCACUCGGCGUCGUCAUCCGCUAUGGCUGUGGGGUAGAGUUUUGGAUCUGCUUGUUGCUGACGAUUUGCGGUUAUUUACCAGGAAUUAUAUAUGCAGUUUGUAUCUUGUGUCAGUAA